AGUGAAAUUAGACAAUAAUAGGGAGACUAAAAACGCCGUGGUUGUGUUCCCGCCAGAGAAUAGAGUGAGUUGGGUGAUUUUGGGUUCCAUUUCCUCUCUGCUCGUUACCAGUACUUUGACUAAAAUGGCGUCUUCUUCAUCCAAAACCCUAAAGGACCUAUGGAAGCAACCAGCAGCAAAGCGUCUAAAACAGGUGUCUUCUACCGAAAACUUCAUUUCUAGCGCCUUGGCAUCUUCAUCUUCGCGUAAAGACUGUGACGAAGACCCCAAAGACGUAGUAUCCUCAACGCCGGAGCAAAAUUCGAGAAUGGAGUUCAACCGAUCACUCGCAAAGUCCAAAAGGAACCUCAAACUAUGUUCUGAUAAAAUCUCCAAAUUAAACGCAAACGGUGAAGGGGGUGGAUACGUGAAGUUACAGGAACUGUUGAUUGAGGAGACAUGGUUGGAAGCAUUGCCAGGGGAAUUUGAGAAGACCUAUGCAGGGAACUUGUGCAAAUUUGUGGAAAAGGAAAUUAGUGGUGGUGUCCCAAUUUAUCCUCCACUACAUCUGAUUUUUAAUGCUCUUAACACUACUGCAUUUGACAGGAUAAAGGCUGUCAUUAUUGGACAGGAUCCAUAUCAUGGACCAGGUCAGGCAAUGGGCCUGUCUUUCUCGGUGCCUAAGGGUGUGAAAGUCCCUUCUAGUCUGUUGAAUAUAUAUAAAGAACUUAAGCAAGAUUUGGGCUGUUCAAUACCAAUUCAUGGAAAUCUGGAACAAUGGGCUGUGCAGGGCGUUCUGCUUCUCAAUGCUGUUCUAACAGUCAGGCAUCAUCAGGCAAAUUCACAUGCAAAUAAAGGCUGGGAGCAAUUUACAGAUGCUAUCAUCAAAACAAUUUCUAAGAAGAAAGAAGGAGUUGUUUUCAUUCUGUGGGGAAACUAUGCCCAAGCAAAAGCCAGGUUAGUUGAUGAAACAAAGCACCAUAUUCUCAAAUCAGCACACCCUUCUGGAUUGUCUGCAAACAGAGGUUUCUUUGGAUGCCGGCAUUUUUCACAGACAAACCAACUUUUGGAAAAGAUGGGAAUGCCUCCCAUUGAAUGGCAACUAUAAGCUGCUUCUCAACCAUCACUUUGGGAAUGCUAGUGCCACAGGGAUUUGCCAUUAAGUGAUUCUUCUAGGGAGGGGCGUCUUGUGGCAAAUUGAAUUUUGGAUAAGGUUUUGCUGCUUGAUCAUUUGUCCAUUCAUUCUCCUGUGAAGGGUUUUACUUGGCUUCCUGGUAUUUUGUUAUAGUCUACUGAUUUCUAGUUAUUGGAACAUGUAUCUUUAGCUAUUGGAAACUUACACUAAAUCGUGAUUUCUCAUUCUAUUAUAAAAUGGAUCCACUCGUACUCUUUUUCAACACCUU